AUGAGAGAAGAAGAUGAGCAAAUGAGGGUGCUCCAACAGCUCUGCGCGAUGAUCAUCCACGUCCUCCGCUUGCCGCCGCUGCCGAUCUCGUUCCCCGGCUUCUUUCUACUGUCAUCGCAGCCGUCCUCCUCCUCGCCGCCGCCGCCGCCCCAGAUUUCUCCGGCGGCUUUCGGCUUGCUUUUCACCGGGAUCUCGGUCGCUUUGAUGCUGUUUGGAUUGGUUACUUUUAUCAUCGGAUUCGUUAUGAUGCCGCUGGUGAUAACGUUGGUGAUGCUGUUUUACUUCGCCGGAUUCGUUUCCGUUUUGUCCGAAAUUGGCCGAGCUAUUCUCUGGCGGCCUCCUCAUUCCAGUGACUUUGCCCCAGUAUGGAAUUAUUCAAGGUGA